AUGAUGAUGAGAAAAGGUCUAAGGCUAAGAAGCAUCACGAUGGUGAUGUUAAUGGCGGUUUUGGUCUGGUCUGUAACCCUAGAGACCUGCAUUGCUAGAAGAGGAAGACAUUGGAGACAUAACCACCGAAGCUCCUCUGACUUGUCUGAUUCCUUGUCAAGCAAGAAACCGAAAAGCCAUGGGAACAGUCAUCACAACUCUCACAAUAACAACAACAAUCAUCACCAGAAGUCUAAACCUAAACCGAAGCCAAAGCAGAAAACGCCGCCAAAAGCUGACGACAACAACUCUCCGGUGAUCUCACCACCACCAAAAGUACAACCACCGUCUCUUCCGCCGCUAAAGGGAUCUCAGGUCUUCAACGUGAUGAAUUUUGGAGCAAAGGGUGAUGGCAAAUGUGAUGACACUAAGGCGUUUGAAGCGGCUUGGGCAGCGGCUUGCAAAGUAGAGGCAUCCAUGAUGACUGUACCGCCUGAAUACACUUUUCUUGUAGGUCCAAUCUCAUUCUCUGGUCCUUAUUGUCAAGCUAACAUUGUGUUCCAGCUUGAUGGUACUAUUAUAGCUCCAACGGAUUCAAAAUCAUGGGGAAAAGGGUUAAUGUGGUGGCUUGAAUUCACAAAGCUGAAAGGAAUUAAAGUACAAGGUAAAGGUGUGAUUGAUGGAAGAGGCUCUGGUUGGUGGCAACAAGAUUACCCUUUCAUUGAUGGUGAAACUAAGCUCAUCGUUCCCUUGAACAAUUCUGUUCACCAAAACCCACCAAUGCCAGAAAGAAGUGAGCUUGAUUGGAAAAUGCCAAGCAUUAAACCAACGGCACUGCGAUUCUAUGGGAGUAUUGGGGUGGAAGUGUCUGGUAUAACUAUCCAAAACAGUCCUCAGUGUCACCUCAAAUUCGAUAACUGCAUCGACGUUGAGGUACAUGACAUGUCCGUUUCUUCACCUGGUGACAGUCCAAACACCGAUGGGAUUCACCUUCAGAACUCCAGAGAUGUCCUCAUUCACAGCACAACACUCGCUUGUGGAGAUGAUUGUAUCUCCAUCCAAACAGGUUGCUCGAAUGUAUUCGUACACAACGUGAACUGUGGACCAGGUCACGGUAUCAGCAUAGGUAGUCUCGGCAAAGACAGCACAAAAGCGUGUGUCUCGAACAUAACAGUGAGAGAUGUGGCGAUGCACAACACGAUGACAGGCGUCAGGAUCAAGACAUGGCAAGGAGGAGUAGGAUCAGUGAAAGGGAUACUCUUCUCAAACAUUCAACUCAAUGAGGUCCAGCUUCCUAUAGUGAUAGACCAAUUCUACUGUGACCAUAGCAAAUGCAAGAACCAGACAUCAGCAGUUGCAGUGGAAGGAGUGACUUACGAGAGGAUCAAAGGCACUUAUACCGUGAAACCGGUUCAUUUCGCAUGCAGCGAUAACUUCCCUUGCGUGGAUGUGCAGUUAUCUGCAAUAGAGCUUAAGCCGGUUCAAGAAAAGUAUCAUAUGUCUGAUCCGUUUUGCUGGCAGACAUUUGGUGAGCUCAAUACUCCUACUCUUCCUCCUAUUGAUUGUUUACAGAUUGGGAAGCCUGCAAGAAACAGAGUUCAGUCUGAUCACGAUGUAUGUUGAUGGGUCUUGGAACUAGUGUGAAACAUGUAGAUGAAUGUAUAUCUUGUCUAAAAGCCUACUACUACUAGUAAUCUAGUACCACUGCUUCAUACGAAUUAUAGUUUAGUUUUAAAUUGAUGUC